AUGUUCUUCCUUUCAGGGAAACUGAGUUCUCGUAUGUUGGCCUUUAAUGAUCGUCGAGUCUUUGGAUUCCCUGGAGUUGCUGCGGCUGUUCUUGACAGUACCGGAUCGAGUUGUGCUACUGGGAUUGAAGCUAUUCCGCUGGCUCACUCGUUGGGGAGGUCGUUAAAGAUAGCAUCGACUUGUUUGGGGCCAGAAAUGCCGAUGACUGCCUGCAGCAACUCGACCCAUGAGCGAAUCCCUUUUGAUCCCCAUACAUCUCUCCUCUACCGCCAAAUUCUACCUUCCCUUUCUGCCAAAUGCCACGCAUUCACAGGGCAAAAUGUUCCUUCAUCUAAUCUAGAAGCCGAGUCCAUCCCAACUCUAAAGGGUGCUUCUACCACUGGUCUCACCAUCUUCCUUGAAUCGGCCACAAGUGACCUCGCAGACCGCGAUUAUUUCCAUUCAGUUGACCAGACCUCCAGCCAAAGCCAUCACAGUGCCGCAAAAGCAGACCGACGCUGGCAAGGUCGUGCUUUCUACGACUACGAUCUCCACCAUCUAGAUUCAUCAUUCAAACUCAUCACGGCUUGGGCACAUCAGAGUAGUAAAACACACCAUUGCACCUUUGACCCUGGCACUAUUCGUGAUAGUGCAGAUGCGCCAUACGACUGUUCUGAAGACCCAAGCGUUCUCGGUGCGCCUUCCCUUCUUGUCCAUAUUCAAAGCCCAGGCUCUGCUGCAAAGGAGAUAAUUCCCCCGUUUGUUAAGAAAAUGCCCCUUAGAGCAAACGAGACCACUAGGAGGGGUCGGGAGAGGUUUCGCACCCCGUCCCCACCCUGUGUACGACUUUCAUCUCCUUCGUCGCUUCGAUCUUCGUCUCCAGAUUUCUGGCCGUACGUGUGGACGGCACCGCUACCGUCUUCCCCGUCUUCUUCAACAUGUCAGUCCCCGUCUUCAUCAUCGGGUCUUCCAGAUUCAGGUGUCGGGGCUUCUGAGACACCUGCACCUCCGUCUUCCGAGUUUGCGGCUCCUGAGGAUGCUACACAUUCAUUUUCAGCCCCUUCGGCUUCUGGUUUGAAUGCCCAUCCUAGCAGCACCUCCAUGUCGAACAGCUCGUGCUCUGCGGAUUCAACUACAACUAGAACUGCACUGUCACCGGUUGUGCCCAAGGCUCCCCGCAAACAGAAGCCCUUUGGCCGCCUUGACUUCAGGCCAGACUUGGACUUCGAUGCCAACAUCCAGGCCCGAGCAUUCAAGGCGAAAGUCUGGAACACAUGCCUAGAGGAACUCAACAUCCUCUACCUGCACGUCGUCAACUGGCAAGACCCCAGAGAUCACUUCGAUGCCUUUCAUCUGGAUAUACUGUCCCGCGUCUUUAUGGACAUUGACCCUGUCUCAGACCCCAAAGGCAGCGCGAGGGCCCUCUACAUGUGGCUCUCGAGCAUGUCAGCCUUCAAGGCGCGCAAGAUAGCCAGUGGAAAUGACCCUUCCAACGUCUGGCUAACGCGCAACUACCCCCUGCCCUACUAUCAACAGUCCGGUCCAUUCCACCACACCCCUGCCGCCAACGCCUUCACAUCCGGAAAACCGGAAAUCUUCAACCCAGACUUGAACGCCAACGCCACGUCCGUCGAUGGUGCUGUCUUCACCGUCACCAGGUUCCCUGCCAAUCCCAACCUCUUAACCCGCACCCAGACCCGCCGGAACCGCAUCAUCCCCUUGAUGGCCCGUCUUCCGCCCGAGAUUCGCGUGAUGAUCUUACGCGACCACUUAGACCUCUACUCGCUGUUGCGCUUCGGCCAGGCCAGCACUCUCACCCGUCGACUCUUCAACGAGGUGCCCCAUCUUUAUCUCCUACAAACGCUUCUCCGCCCUUGUAUCAUCAGUCUCAUUCGCAAGGCCAAGUGGGGCUUCACCGACGACCUCGACGCCUUCGAUAUGGGCUGGUAUCCGGACAACGUUGUGGAUCCCAUCUUUGACAUGCCUUCCCAUGCGGUGCUUUCAGGGUUGGCGAAUGACAAGUGUUUUGAGUGCCUGGCACCGACCAAUGUGUUGGUGCUGGAUUUCAAAAAGAACGUCGCGAAGAGAUGGUGUGAGGACUGCUUUCGCAACAUGUCUGUCUUCAGUGUAAAUGAAGUAAAUUGGGUCGCCCGAACCAUGCGGGAGCUCAUAUGGGAAGUGGAUUAUGUUUGGACGGACAUCGAGACGGGGCAGCAGCGGAUGGACAAGAAGAAGCAUAAAAUCUAUGCGGCAUGUUCUCCCCUUUACUAUGGCUUUGUCACUUUUCUCCCUUUUCUCGGCUUUUUCCCCAAAGCUGACGAUUUUGCUGGAUUUCAACUAACUUGA